AUGUACGGGCUGCUGUGCGAGAGUCUGCACGACUUCAUCAAGGAGUCGUACGGAGAUGAUGUGUGGAAGCUGGUCAGGGAGAGAGCAGAUGUCAGGCUGCACUCCUUUGUCACCCACCAGGUGUAUAGCGAGAGCGUGAUUCCCCGCAUUGCAAAGGCAGCCAGCGGAGUGACAGGGACGCCCUACAAUGAGCUGAUGAACUCCUGGGGUGUCUAUUUCCUGGGCUUUGUAGGGAAGUACGGCUAUGACAGGAUCCUCAAGGUGUUGGGCCGCCAUGUCCGUGACUUUGUCAACGGCCUCGACAACCUCCAUGAAUACCUGCGCUUCAGCUACCCCAAGGUGCAGCCCCCGACCUUCUUCUGCCAGGAGGAGUCUGCUACUGGAGUCACCCUGCACUACAGGAGUAAGCGUAAAGGCUACCUGCACUAUGCCAUGGGUCAGCUGAGGCAGAUGGGGAAGCAGUUCUACGACACCGACAUCCAAGUGGAGGUGAUGUCUGAGCAGAUUGUCGGAGACUACUCCCACGUCACCAUGAGGCUGAACUUUGACAACUCAGCCUACCGCUACAUCAUGAAGGAGGAUGAGGAAGAGCAGGAGAUUUUGCCCAUUACCUCAGACUUCUUCUUUGAGGUCUUCCCCUUCAAUAUUGUCUUCAGACAGGACAUGGUGGUGCACAACGUGGGCUCGGGCCUGUCUACAGUCUUCCCUGAUCUGGAUGGGAAGAAAAUCACAGAUGCCUUCUUGCUUGCUCGCCCCCUAGUGGAGUUCAACUGGAACAUGAUCAUCUCCCACCCCAACAACGGCUUUGAGAUCAUGUCCAAGGAGCCAGUGAAGAGAGAGAGGAACCUCCACAACCGAGUCCAAACAUUGAAAUUGUCCAGCUGGGGUGAUGGGACGCGCUGCCUGAAACUAAAAGGACAAAUGAGAUACAUGCCAGAAUGGGAGUCCAUCAUCUUCCUGGGAACCCCUGUGAUGGAGAGUCUGAGUGCGAUGUUCAGGACCGGCUUGUACAUCAACGACCUGAGCAUGCACGACUCCAGCAGAGACCUGGUGUUGGCCGGGACUCAGCAGUCAGAGGAGCUGAAGAGAGCUCUCAUACAGGAGCAGAAGAAGUCCAGCAAGCUAGAGGAGAGCAUGAAGAUGUUGGAUUAUGAGAUGAAGAAGACUGAUGACCUUCUCUACAGGAUGAUUCCCAAGCCAGUGGCCAAGAGGCUCCGCAAAGGAGAGCCUGCUGUGAACACUUGUGAGGUGUUCCCAGAUGUGACCAUUCUCUUCAGCGAUGUUGUGGGUUUUACCCGCAUUUGCAGCCACAUCACCCCGAUGCAGGUGGUCUCCAUGCUCAACACCAUGUACACACUGUUUGACACGCUCAGCGAGAAGCACCGCGUCUUCAAGGUCGAGACCAUUGGAGAUGCCUACAUGGUGGUUGCUGGGGCUCCGGAGAAAACCAAGUAUCACGCUCAUAACAUUUGUGACAUGGCCCUCGACAUGGUGCGCUCCAUCGACCACCUAAAGGAUCCCUCCAACGGCAACCACAUACAGAUUCGUGUUGGGAUCCACUCUGGCAUGGUUGUGGCAGGUGUGGUGGGACAUAAGAUGCCACGUUACGGUCUGCACGGGGACACGGUCCACACCGCAUCUGCCAUGGAGAGCAACGGCAAGGAGAUGCACAUUCAGCUCACCAGCGCCACCUAUGAGCACCUGAAAGGAAGUCACUUCAUUUUCGAAAGGAGGGGCAUCAUCACCAUCAAGGGAAAUGUUGAAAUCGAGACGUACUGGCUGAAAGGCAAGAGGGACAAGGAUGGGAACGCUCAGGCGGCGUGUCCACAGUUUGAGACUAUCAGCAUCAGCAAGGCCAACAUCAAAGCCCCAGAGGCCAAACGAGCUGAGGAGGGACUGGUCUUUCCUCUGGGUGCAGGGGACGGCAAGGACGAUGCCAAGUCUAUUCCCUCUCACCGCAUCAAGAUGGAGAUUUCAGGCCAUUCACCGGAGGAGAAGAUGGAGGAGGGCCGCAAGGAGGAGAUGUCCGGUCAUAAGGCCCACCACAAGGACGCUUUGCAGGACGGCCACAGGGACCCUCACCUGGAACGGAACUCGCCCGAGUCCGACGGCCGAGACUCCAUCGCGUCCCACACCAGCUCCUGCGACUCCCACUCUUCCAAGAGUGCCAUGUGCAAUGUGUCGUGA